AUGAUUAAACAAUACUUUUUAGCGGUUCCGCAUACAGCCGAGUUGCCGUUCAUCUGGAUGCAGGAACCGAUCUGGCGUAAAGCUAUCGACAGCCUCGAGGUGGUGCCUGGUGACUAUGAGAUGGCCGAUUUCUUCGGUAAAAUGUGGACAUUAUUCGCGAAAACUGGCUUCAAAUGGUACCGUUGCCUUUCAAUUUUCUUUAAAAGUUUCCUUCUGUCUUACUAA